GCUGUGUUCUUCAUGGAUGAGGAAUGGGCUCUGCUGGAUCCGGACCAACAAGCUCUGUACUGGGAAGUCAUGCAGGAGAAUUACGAGACUGUGGCCUUUCUCGCUGGCUGGCUAGAGGAUUCCCAAGGAGGGGAGCCUUCUUUAGGAAACACAGAUCAUUUGCAGCUGAACCGGAUAAUGUGGGGGAAAAACGAAGUCAGCUUCUUCAGAGUCGAAGACCAGAGGUAUUUCUCCAAGCAUGACCUAUUAGAGAACAGAGGGGCAAUCUCCAUUCCUUUUGGAGGAGGCUUCUUCAACUUCUCUGAGUUUGCAGUCCAGCAGAGCUUUCCAGAAAAGAACCAUGAGAUCUCAAAGAACUUUGGGGCGAGUCUGAACCAGAGCUCCCAGAUUGGGGCACCAGAGAAAGGCCCAACUGUUGAAAAACCGUAUCAGUGUAGCGAAUGUGGGAAGUGCUUUGGGAAGCGGUCCAUCCUGAACACGCACGAGAGAACACACACGGGAGAGAAACCAUACAGAUGCUCAUAUUGUGAUAUGAGGUUUCGCCAGAACUCCCAUCUUCAGUUGCAUGAAAGGACCCAUACUGGCGAGAAGCCCUACAAAUGCCUGUUGUGCGAGAAGAGUUACAACCAGCGUUCAAGCCUCAUCAUCCACGAGGGAAGCCACACAGGAGAGAAACCUUAUGCUUGUUCAGAGUGUGGGAAGCGUUUGAGCCAGAAGAGCACCCUCAUCCUGCACGAGAAGAGCCAUCGGGGUGAGAAACCCUACAAAUGCCUUGAAUGUGGGAAGGGGUUCAGUUUAAGUGCAGACCUCAUAAGGCACCAGAUUAUCCACACGGGAGAGAAACCGUACUCUUGCUCUGAGUGCACAAAAAGCUUCAGCCAGAAGUCUCACCUCAUGGCUCAUAUCCGGAUCCACACAGGUGAGAAGCCACAGAAAUGUCUGGAGUGCGGGAAAGGUUUCAAUUGGAGCUCGGAGCUGAUUGCCCACAAGCGGAUUCACACAGGUGAGAAGCCAUACCAGUGUAUGUACUGUGAGAAGAGCUUCAGUGUCCGCUCAAGUCUUAAUAAACACAAGCGAACCCACACAGGAGAAAAACCACACAUUUGCCUCCAGUGUGGGAAGGGUUUCAUCCAGCGGUCCAGUCUGAUAGCACACGAGAAGUCCCACACAGGCGAGAGACCUUAUAAGUGCUUAAAUUGUGGGAAGUGCUACCAGGAGAGAUCCCAGCUCGUUGCUCAUGAGCGAAUGCACACUAUCGAAAAGCCGUAUGUUUGUCCCGAGUGUGGGAGCUGCUUCAAGGCUAAAUUGGCCCUCAUUCGCCAUCAGCGUAGCCACCCAGGGCUAAAGUCUUUAUAUGUACCAAAUGCUGGAAGGGGGCCUCCUGUGUCCUUUGGGGAAGUGGCCAUUUUCUUCACACGGGAAGAAUGGGCACUGCUGGAUUUGGCCCAGAGAGCGCUCUACUGGGAAGUCAUGAAAGAGAAUUUUGAAACUGUAAAGUCUCUAGGUUACCUCAAUGAUGAUUUGUGUAUGGAAUCGCAGGAGUUAGAAUCAGUAGCUAUUAGGAGCAUGAUUGAAUUGAAUCAAUACGCUAUUAAUAACAUAGAGGUUAUUUCAGAUGAGGAAGAGCAGACACCACAACAGCCCCCCCAGGCAGUCACUGUGUUUAAGAAGCCUGAAAAGGUACCUGGAACAUCAAAAGCGGUGAUGCCAUUGCAGGGCGAUGGUGCACCUCAAAAGAAACGUUCUGUGUCUACCAACAGCCAGAAGGGGCCUAAGCCUAAAAAGAGAAAAACUGACAGAGCAAGAACCAAUGAAGGGAACGUGAUAAGCGACGACGAUCAACUUAAAAAGCGGAUGGAAUUAAUUAAAUCUCUUGUCAAACUCGCUCAACAAUUGAAAGAGAAAGAUAAUCUUAUUAAGAGAGCCAAGGAGGCUUAUGAUGUUGUCUCCAAUAAGAUAUCCAUGGUGUUUGAUAACUAUGAGAGUGAAUUAAUUAAAAAUUAUGCAAAGUAUCCAGCUUGUGUUGAUAAUGCUAUACCAAAAGCUCCAGACGACGGAGAGCCCAGUACCACACCGGAGGAGAAGCCGGUCGAGCCCGGGGUGACAGUCGUGAGGCGGAAGAUCCGCGACCCGGCGCACUUCUCCACCGACGUGUUCCUCUCGCGGAGCUGGAGCCCGCGGAAGUCCACAACACUCACGGAUGCCGCGGAAGAGAGGUACCGGGCGCUCGCCACCGGCGGCGGCGACGACUGGGACCAAGACCGAGAAGAGGGGCCGCCCGCCGGGAACGGGGACGUGGCCCAAGCGCUCCGCAGCGAGAUGUUCGACUGGAUGAAAGAUAUGCACAAUUUGCUCCACGACACCCGCGUGCAGCUAGCCGAGGAGAUGCAGCAGCAGCUGGGGGCAAUCCGAGACCAGUUGAGGGCCCUACAAGGGGCCGCCCCAGCGGGACCGCCGGGCGGAGGCCCCGUGCAACCUGCGGGCCCCGCCGGGGGAGUCCCGGGGGUCCCAGCUGACGGGGGAGCAGGAGGGGGAGGCCCUGCCGGGCAGCCCGCCGCCCCCGCGGCUCCAGCCGCGCCUGCCGUGCCCGCAGGCCCCGCCGCUCCACUGGUUCUGGGGGGCCCGGCUGCGCCAGCCGCUCCACCCGUCCUCCCGGCGGCGCCACCGCUGGCCGCGCCAGCUGCGCCCGCCGCCCCAGGAGGGGGCGACGGGAGGGCCCGGGAGCUGCAGAUCACCUACCCGACCGAAGCAAGCCGGGUGGACCACAUCGCCUCCCGCCUAAAAGGGGCCGCGAGGAAAUGGUAUGUGGGGCUGUACACGGGGCGGAAGCCCGAGCUAGCAACAGUGGCAGAAUUUCUCCAAGCCAUGCUGCGCCAGUACGGGGACCCCCUGCGAGAGAAGGCCAUCGAAGCCCUCCAAAGGAUCGAGCAGGAGAACCGCACAACUCGAGAGUACGCCACCAAGUUCAUGGCCCACUGCGCGGCCGUGAGAGGUUGGAGCGAACUUAUGAAGUACAUGGCGUUCAAGAACGGGUUAAACGCCAACAUCCUCGACCGAUGUUACCACCAGGGGAGACCCGACACCCUAGUGGGAUGGAUCCAGCUAGCGGGAGAAGUGAAGACAAACUUACAACAUGUGGGAAUGCGCCGCCAACAGCAGCUUGGAAAAAGAGCCAGGAAAUCGAACCCCCCGGCGAAGAAGCAAGAGGGGAAGAAGCAACCACUAACUUCCACCCCAACGGGAGGCGCCAGGAAGUGCUUCAAGUGCAGGGACCCAGGGCACUUGGCCGCCAGCUGCCCGACGAGAACCCCGUCGGCUACAUCAACCCCCAAACCAGCCGGGAGCGCCCCGAAGAAAGGAGGUGGACGCAUCAAGGAGCCCAUGACAUUAUUGAACCCCAGAUUAAAACGUUUCAUGCACGCCCGAGCCUUAAUAGACUCCGGGUGCACGAGAGACAUCAUUACCCCCCGCCUCGUAGAGGCCCUUGGGUUGGCAAAAUCCCCCCUGCCCCACCCGAUCCAGUUCGAACAGAUGGACGGGUCGAUAAUGAAAGGAGAACCCUGUACCGAAGAGACCCAAGCGGUGCCGGUGGGGACGGAGGACCACUGGGGCAUAGAGGUGUUCGUGAUAGCACCCUCCUCCUCUUUUGACAUACACGACAGCCAAAGGGAGGAAGUUAUAGACUCCCUCGUUCCUCCCUCCCAAGUAGCCGGCGGAGUCACCACUAGAUCCGGGAAAAGGACCGGGGCCCCGGAGCUACAGGGGGAGGACCGCUUCGUAAGCGAAACAGAGGCAGAGGGGGAGAAGCGCCCCGAAGGGCUAGAAAGGGGGGAAAGGGGACUCUGGUACCAUCAAGGGAAAAUCUACGUGCCCCAAACCUUAAGAAAGGAGGCCUUGGAGGUGCUAACGAGGGGGAUCCAGGAUGUUCUGGAUGAGAUUAACGGUGGCAUAGACGAGGGAGAUUUUGUUCAAAUGCGCCUACAGGGGGAAGGUCUACAGAACCCAUUAUUUUCAUUUAAGAAAAAGAAAGACCAUCUCAACGCUAAUGAGUUUCUGGAGUUUGUGACGGGAUUAGGAGACCACAGACUCCGGGUUCCUGGGCCGUUCAUUUACCUUCAGCUACAUCCAAGAGAAGUGCAGUUUCUCCAGAGCUGUGAGGAUUCAGGGAGGAGUCCGUGUGUCCUCUUCUCAGGUAAGAAGCCAUAUCAGUGCUUGGAAUGUGGGAAGAGCUUCAGCUGGAGUCACAACCUUCAUUCACAUCAACGCAUUCAUACAGGGGAGAAGCCCUAUAAAUGCCUGCAUUGUGAAAAGAGCUUCUCUCAGAAGGGCCAGCUAACAGUACAUCAGAGAAUUCACACUGGGGAGAAACCAUAUAAAUGUUCUGAGUGUGGAAAGAGCUUCAGUCGAAGUGACAACCUGGCUUUACAUCAAGCAGCCCAUACAGGGGAGAAGCCAUUUAAAUGUUCUGAUUGCAACAAGAGGUUUCCUAUUAAAUCAAGCCUUAUUACACAUAUGAGGAUUCAUACAGGGGAGAAGCCAUAUAAAUGCUCUUAUUGCAGCAAGACGUUUUCUGUUAAAUCAAGCCUUAUUAUACAUUUGAGGAUUCAUACAGGGGAGAAGCCAUAUAAAUGCUUGGAGUGCGGGAAGAGCUUCAAUCAGAGUAUUGGUCUUACUUCACAUCAAAGGAUUCACACAGGAGACAAGCCUUAUAAAUGCUCAAAUUGUAAGAAGACGUUUACUCUCAAAACAAGCCUCACUAAACAUGAGAGGAGUCAUACAGGAAAGAAGCCGUAUAAAUGCUUGGAGUGUGGAAAGAGCUUUUCUCGGAAUGACUGCCUCACUCAACAUCAGAAGAUGCACUCAGGGGAGAAGCCAUAUAAAUGCUUAGAAUGUGGAAAGAGUUUCUCUUGGAAUUACUGCCUCACUGUGCAUCAAAAGAUUCAUACAGGGGAGAAGCUAUAUAAAUGCCUGGAGUGUGGGAAGAGCUUUUCUUGGAAUGCAUGUCUUACUCAGCAUCAAAGGAUUCACACAGGGGAGAAGCCAUAUAAAUGCUUGGAGUGUGGAAAGAGCUUUUCUCGGAAUCAUCAACUAACAAUACAUCAUAGGACUCACACUGGGGAGAAGCCAUAUAAAUGCCUAGAGUGUGGAAAGAGCUUCCAUAAUAAUAGCUGUCUAACUUCACAUCACAGGAUUCACACAGGUGAAAAACCCUAUAGAUGCUUGGAAUGUGGAAAGAGCUUCUUGCAGAAUGGUGACCUACUUAAACAUCAAAGGAUUCACACAGGAGAGAAGCCAUAUAGAUGCUUGGAAUGUGGGAAGAGCUUUUCUCACAAUAGUGACCUAAUCAAACAUCAAAGGAUUCAUACAGGGGAGAAGCCAUAUAAAUGCUUGGAGUGUGGAAAGAGCUUCUCUAAAAAUAGCUGUCUGACUGCACAUUGUAGGAUUCACACAGGUGAGAAACCAUAUAAAUGCACAAAAUGAGGGAAGAGCUUUUCUCAGAAUGGUGACCUAGCUAAACAUGAAAGGAUUGAUGUGGAGAAGAAGCCAUGUAAGUGUCCGGCAUGUGGAAGAAAUUUCUCUCACAGUCGCAGCUUUUCUGCACACCAGUGCAUUCACUCAGGGGAGAAGCCAUAUAAGUGCUUGGAGUGCAGAAAGAGUUUCUCUUGGAAAGGCAGCGUAACUGCACAUCACAAGACUCAUACAGGAAGAGUCAUAUUGCCUGGUGUAUCAAAACACCUUCAGUCACAGCAGGAGUCUUAG